ACGUAACCUGCACUUUAAUCCAAUUCAAUCACAAAUAUAUAUAUAUAUAUAUAUAUAUAUAGAGUAGAAAGCAAAGAAAGACUGGAAAAAAAGUAACGAUGAACUCAAUUAGAUGGAACAACAAGAACAUUAGUACUGUUCUUGCAGCCAUUAUUACGGUGUGGGCAUCCGCCGCCGCCGGAGCUCGCCGGAGCUCGGCCGUCGACGACGGCGAGAUGAUAAAGAGGUACGAGCAGUGGAUGGAGCAGUACGGGCGGGCGUAUUCAAACGAGACCGAGAAAACACAGCGGUUCAGUGUGUUCAGAGACAAUGCGAUUUUCAUAGAUUCUUUCAACCGGGCCGGAAAUCAUUCGUACACUCUGGCUAUCAACGAGUUCGCCGACUUAACUAACGACGAGUUUCGGUCCUCCCGGAUGGGUUACGUGCCGCCGCCGCCGCCCGUUGCCGGUAAUGCGACGGCGAUGCCUUUCAUUUAUGAAAACGUCACCGACCCUCCGCCCGCGGUGGACUGGAUUAAGCACGGCGCAGUUACUCCCAUCAAGAACCAAGAACAGUGUGUUAUCCGUAUGGAAUAUGUACUCAACGACAUGUGGCUCGUUCAACCCGAUUGCUUGAAGGGAGUGGCGGGUGUGUUCGGGUCAGGGCAGGAUGAGAGGUUUUACCGAGGGAGGAACAUGCUAAGCGAACUCGCAUUAACCGAAAGUAAUCUUUUUGAAAAAUAUGCAGGGUGUUGUUGGGCGUUCUCAACCGUGGCAGCGACGGAGGGAAUCACAAAGCUUACCACCGGAAAGCUGAUAUCCUUAUCGGAGCAACAGCUGGUGGACUGCGACAGGAUAAGCCACGGGUGCGACGGGGGGUGGAUGGAGGCCGGCUUCAAGUACAUCACCGAGAACAGGGGCAUAACCACCGAGGCCAACUACCCCUACACCAAGAUGCAGGGCCCCUGCCAGCAGAGCAAGGCCUCCGCCGCCGCGGCCAGGCUCGGCGGCUUCCAGAUCGUUCCCAAGAACAGCGAGGCGGAGCUCCUGAAGGCGGUGUCGCGGCAGCCGGUGUCCGUCUCGAUCGACGCCGCCGGGCAGCCGAUGCAGUUCUACGCCGGCGGGGUCUUCGCCGCCCAGUGCUCGACGCUGAUCAACCACGCCGUGACCGCCGUCGGGUACGGGACGGACCCCAGCGGGAUGAAGUACUGGCUGCUCAAGAACUCCUGGGGACCCACUUGGGGAGAGCGGGGGUUCCUGAGACUGUUGAGGGACUCCGGUGUGCCGGAGGGACAGUGUGGGGUCGCCACCCAAUCUUCUUUCCCUCUUCCUCCUCCUAAGUAAUUGUUAAAUUAACAAACAAACAAACAUGGGAUGAAGCAUUUGUUGUUAUGAUAAUGAAAAUAAAUAAACCAAAUUAAACCAGCUGAUGUAUU